GGCAUGGGCGGGGUCUGCGCCGCCGCCGGGUCUGGCCGGGCGCAGGGCCAGCCGUGUAAAUACCCACCCAGAGACGCGGAGGAGCAGGUGAGUCGGCUGGCAGCCGGAGGAGCAGGUACUUCCGGAGGCAGGGCCAUGCUCACGUUCAUGGCCUCUGACAGCGAGGAAGAAGUAUGCACCGAGCGGACGUCCCUGAUGUCAGCCGAGAGCCCCACCCCUCGCGCCUGCCAGCAGGAAGGCAGGCAGGGCCCGGAGGACGGAGAGAAUGCUGCCCAGUGGAGAAACCAGGACAGCGAGGAGGACCACGAGGAGGACCCUGACCGCUACGUCAGCAGCGGGGUCCCCGGGCGGCUGCCGGGCCUGGAGGAGGAGCUGACCCUCAAGUACGGGGCAAAGCACGUGAUCAUGCUCUUCGUGCCUGUCACACUGUGCAUGAUCGUGGUGGUGGCCACCAUCAAGUCCGUGCGCUUCUACACGGAGAAGAACGGACAGCUCAUCUACACACCGUUCACCGAGAACACGCCCUCCGUGGGCCAGCGUCUCCUCAACUCCGUGCUCAACACCCUCAUCAUGAUCAGUGUUAUUGUGGUCAUGACCAUCUUCCUGGUCGUGCUCUACAAGUACCGCUGCUACAAGUUCAUCCAUGGCUGGCUGAUCAUGUCCUCUCUGAUGUUGCUGUUCCUCUUCACCUAUAUCUACCUCGGGGAAGUCCUCAAGACCUACAAUGUGGCCAUGGACCACCCCACCCUGUUCCUGACCGUCUGGAACUUCGGGGCGGUGGGCAUGGUGUGCAUCCACUGGAAGGGCCCCCUGGUGCUGCAGCAGGCCUACCUCAUCAUGAUCAGCGCACUCAUGGCCUUGGUGUUCAUCAAGUACCUCCCGGAGUGGUCCGCGUGGGUCAUCCUGGGCGCCAUCUCUGUGUACGAUCUCGUGGCUGUGCUAUGCCCUAAAGGGCCGCUGAGAAUGCUGGUGGAGACUGCCCAGGAGAGAAACGAGCCCAUAUUUCCUGCCCUGAUAUACUCAUCUGCCAUGGUGUGGACGGUGGGCAUGGCCAAGCUGGACCCCUCCUCUGAGGGGGCCCUUCAGCUCCCCUACGACCCGGAGAUGGAAGACUCCUAUGACAAUUUUGGGGAGCCCUCAUACCCUGAAGUCUUUGAGCAUCCCCUGCCUGGCUACCCAGGAGACGAGCUGGAGGAAGAGGAGGAAAGAGGGGUGAAGCUCGGCCUGGGUGACUUCAUCUUCUACAGCGUGCUGGUGGGCAAGGCGGCGGCCACGGGCAGCGGGGACUGGAACACCACGCUGGCGUGCUUUGUGGCCAUCCUCAUUGGCCUGUGUCUGACCCUCCUGCUGCUCGCCGUGUUCAAGAAAGCGCUGCCUGCCCUUCCCAUCUCCAUCACGUUCGGGCUCAUCUUCUACUUCUCCACGGACAACCUGGUGCGCCCUUUCAUGGACACCUUGGCCUCCCGUCAGCUCUACAUCUGAAGGGGCGCGCGGCCCCGGGGCCAGAUGCCGUAGGAAACUGUAACUGGAUGCAGCUGUAUAGUUUUACACUCUAGUGCCAUUUAAGACUUUUCUUUCCUUAGGAAAAAAAUAAAAUAAAAUAAACGAGAAUAAAAAAGUACCGCGUUCACUUCAUGAAGAAGAACCAGCUUUUUGGUGCUCGUUGGAUCGUCACCCGGCUGUGGCUCACCCCUUCCUGAGCCCCGGCUUCUCCGACAGGGAGCAGGAAGUCGACCCCGAUGGACAGAGGAAGGGUAACGUGAUGGGGGCGGGGUGUGGAGAAGGCCGCCCGGCCGCGCCUCAGAGCUGGGAUGUUCUGAGGGCCGAGAUGAAGGAGGGCGUGCGUAUGUAGCAGGACCAGACUUUCGUGCCCAGAACAGCGCUCAGCAACACCUGGUCAUGUCGGCUGGAGACGAAAAGCCAAUUUUCUCUGCAAGGAUUGUUCCCAGUGCUUUGUCUCUGAUGUUAUUGUAAUUUUAUUACUUUUAGAAAUCAAGUCCUGAUCUUGUUAGAGCAGUUCCUCUGGGAAGUGGCUUCAUAUUAAUAUCAAUAAAAAGAUGAAUCCUGGCAGAA